AUGGCGCCGAGUGCAACAUUGCCGAUUGAAUCGAACCCCGCACCAGAUGGAUUCACCACGAAGAGCAGGAACAAAGGCCCGUUGACGAAAACUGGUGCUCUGGAUUCUACAUUCGCGUUUGGUGAGGUUACUCCAGCGAUUGGAAGAGAGUAUCCUACUGCCAAUAUAGUCAGUGAUUUCCUGGACGCUCCCAACGCAGAUGAACUGCUCCUCGAUCUUGCCAUCACCAUUAGCCAACGAGGCGUCGUUUUCUUCCGCAAGCAGGACAACCUGACCAACGAGCUUCAAAAAACGUUCAUCCAGCGUCUAGGCGAAUUGAGCGGCAAGCCUCCGACAUCGACGCUUCACAUCCACCCGGUGUUGAACGACACGAGCGAAUUUGGCGUCGGGGACAACGAGGUCAGCACUAUUUCCUCGUUGCAGCGGAAAAAGCUCUUCGGUCCCGAGGCGAAGAACAAGCGUCGAUACGACUCAGCCAAAUGGCACAGCGACAUCCAGUUCGAGACAUGCCCGGCCGACUACACGAGUCUGCGUCUAACUCAGUUGCCGACGACUGGAGGCGAUACGCUGUGGGCGUCGGGGUACGACAUCUACGACCGCUUCAGCAAACCGUAUCAGAAAUUCUUCGAAGGAUUGACAGCUACCUUCAUCGGGGACGGUUUUAUCCAGGCGGCCGAGGCCGGUAAAACCAUACUUUACGAGGGUCCCAGAGGGUCGCCCGAGAACGUGGGCGGGCAUUUGUCCGUCGUCCAUCCUGUCGUGAGAACUAAUCCGGUCACCGGCUGGAAGAGCAUCUAUGCCAUUGGAUCGUUCCCCAAGCUCAUUAAUGAACUGGAACCGGAAGAGAGUGAUGACCUGCUCAAGAAGCUGCAUGAAACUAUUCUUGCGAAUCAUGAUUUGCAGGUUCGCUUUAAAUGGAAGAAUCCUAAUGAUAUUGCUAUCUGGGACAAUCGCAGCGUCUUCCAUUGCGCCACUUUUGACUAUGAAGGACUAGGCGAGCGAUUUGGUAAUCGCGUUGUGGGCAUUGGUGAGAGACCGUAUUUCGAUCCAAGCAGCAAGUCCAAAGCUGAGGAACUUGCACUUGCUGCAUAG